AGAAAUGAUGGACCAAGAGAAUGCAGCAAGACCAGCAGAAAAGUCGGUCCAUUAACCUAGACACCAGUGCAUGUACUACAGAAGGUUUAACUGUCCAAGAGAGAUCUGAGCAAGCCAGCAAAGACAAGGACAAGGGCAACGAGGCUUUUGCUUCUGGUGACUACCAGGAGGCGCUACUUUAUUACUCGCGUAGUAUAUCGUACUCACCGCUGGCGGCUUCCUACAACAAUCGUGCCUUAGCACAUAUCAAGCUAGAAAAUUACGAGACUUCCAUUGAAGAUUGUAACACUGUACUACAAAUGGAAGCUGGAAACAUUAAAGCACUGAUGAGGAGAGGCCUGUCGUACAAAGCUUUGCGGAGGUUUGAUAUGGCAGAGAAUGACCUGGAGCAGGUGCUAUCUGCUGAACCACAUAACAAACGAGCGCAGGCACUACUAAAUGAACUAUACAAGGCAAGUGGAAAGUUGGGAAUUCGGCACAGCAAACCGGGUGGCACUGAGAGGAAAGGAAGGCGUAUGGUUAUUGAGGAUGUUGGUAAAGGUGAAGUAUCUCGGCCUGACACUGACUGCAGUAGAGCAACAGCUCAAGGUCGGGAAGAAGAAACAUCAUCCAAACCUGCAAACCAGGACACAAACAUGCCCUCUCACUCCAGUCACGUGUUGGGCAAAGGAGCUAGUGCAGAUAAGCUCACAAGAGAUGAUGAGAAUUCUAUGAGGAAGGCAACGGAACAAAAUAAUAAAGGUGGCCAUGUUCAAAUUGAUGCAACGUCUGACUCAAAAGAGACUGUUGACGAGACUUCAUCUCCCCAUUCAGGAUCUUCGUCAGCGAGAAUGAGUGAAAAUUCAUCGAACGAGGUCCCAGCAUCCACUAUGGCCCCUACACCAACUCGGCUAAGCGACAAUGAAGAGAUGCAACCACCUGCAAGUGUGGACAAAAUGGAAGCUAGCAUAAAACAUAUGGAGACAAAUUUAGACAAGCAGUCUCAGCGUCUCGAUGAUGUACUUGAAUCUUUGCAGAGUAAGGGUCACAAUGUUGAGAAACUAGCUGAAGGACUCAAGUUUCUGCGAGAAUCUGUCGAAAAGGGUAUAGUCGAUAGUGAGACUACCCUGCAGUCAAUCAAAGAUGGUGAACACGAACUGCAGGCGGCAUCAGAGAGACUGCAGAAUGAAGAAAAUACCGUGAAGCACAAUCAAGGAGAGCAGACGACCACGGCUUCAGACAUUACGAAAUCAGAUGUGACAGAGAAGCAGAGCGAGAGGAAAACAACAGAACCUGAUGAGUGUACUGACGUUGUGGCGAAACCCACCAUGGCAGUUCAGGAAGUGAGUCUCCCGCCGGAACCACCUGCGCCACUUCCUGAUAAGGUUGUCAAGCUGAAGGAUCAAGGAAAUGCAUUCUUUAAGGCAGGACAGUAUGCUGAUGCUCUGGAAAGGUACACAGCAGCCAUCACUGUCCUUCACAAAGCGAAAGGUAACCAUGCAGGCAACUUGUCAGUAUUGUACAGCAAUCGUGCUGCAUGCUACUUUAAGACCGGUGAUUGUCGUGCCAGCAUUGAAGACUGUGACCGUGCCUUAGAGGAAACUCCCCACUCGCUCAAACCACUCCUCAGGAAAGCUGCUGCUUUUGAAACAAUGGAGAAAUACGGUUUUGCAUACGUGAACAAUAGGCAUGUACUAUCGAUUGACUGCAAUAAUCUGACAGCUCAGGAAGGAGCAACCAGGUGUGCAAAGAUGCUGCAGGAACUACAGGGUCCUGGUUGGCGGGUACAGCUUCCCAAAAUUCCUAGUGUGCCAGCUGGUCUGUCCUUGUUGGAUAGGACGACAACUCCUGCAAGUGUACAGCAGAGUGUGCCUGAACCAACACCAGCACAGAGAUUUGAGGAAGUCAAAGUAAAGGGGAAUGCAUUUGUACAAAAGAGGAACUAUGCAGCAGCCAUCGAAUGCUACACAGAAUGCACAACUUUGUUGCCUGACAAAGCUUUGGGUUUUACCAAUAGAGCACUGUGCCUUCUAAAGCUCAAUAAGAAUGAACAGGCAGAACAGGACUGCACCGUGGCACUUGUGCUGGAGCCAGACAACGUGAAGGCACUGUUCAGGCGUGCACAGGCCCGUCACACGCUGCAGCUGUAUAAGCUGGCCAUGCAGGACCUACUGCACUUACUGAAGCUAGAACCUAGUAAUAAGGCUGCCAAGACUCAGAUUGAGACAGUCAAGGAGCUCUACAAACAGGAACUGGAGAAGAAAAGGCAGCAACAGAAGACAACGCCACCUGUUGUGAAAAAGAGGGUUCACAUCGAGGAGGUAAAUGGAAAUAAUUCUGAGCACCACAUUACUGAUCAUACAAAAUCAAGGAAGGAUGAAGGAAAGAACUCAAAAGACAAGAAGAGUUUAUCGAAAGAUUCCAAACUUCGACCAUCAAUUAAAAAGGCAACACCAUACGAGUUUCUGUCAGCAUGGAAUGGAUUAAAGAAGACAGAAGGAACAGAACCCUAUGCUUGGUUAUUAUCCCAGGUGAAGCCCCGGGAAUUGCCGAAAGUGAUCAGCAACAAGCUGGAUGGAGAAAUGCUCAACAUGAUUGUUGCAUGCACUGAUGAACACUUCAUAGACAAAGAUAAAACGGAGCUUGCCUACCAAUACUUAUUGAAUCUUUGCCAAGUGCAGAGAUUUGGUAUGGUGUCAAUGUUCUUCACUGAUCCAGAACGAAACAGACUAAGGAGAAUCUUUGACAAGCUGAGGGAGCGCAGCUCGGGCAAGUUCACGACCCAGGAAAUAGGAAUUCUGCAGGUCAAGUUUGGAGUGUAGCCGCCGAGAGAUAAAGAGAGACGAGCUUCUAGUUUGCACCAGCGCAAGUUUCGAAUGAGUGAAUUUUUGUCGGGGUGGAUCAUAACCGAGUGAUUGGUGCUAGUAGUUUAAUUACACAUAGGCAAUUUUAGUGUGGUCAUCAUGUUUUUCCCUGUGUGUUUUUAGCUCAUCUGACAUAGUCAGAUGCAGCUUGUAGAAUCGCAUGAUCGUCCGUGCGUCCGUGCGUCC